CUCACUCUGUCACCCAGGCUGGAGUGCAGUGGCCUGUCAUGGCUCACUGCAGUCUCAAAUUUCUGGGUUCAAGUGAUCCUCAGCUUCCUGAGUAGCUGGGACUACAGGAGUGCACCACCACACCUAGCUAUAUUAAAAUUAUUUUUGUAGAGAAGAAGUCUUGCUCUAUUGACCAGUCUGGACUCAAACUCCUGAACUCAAGUGAUCCUUCUGCCUUGGCCUCCCAAAGUGCUGGGAUUACAGAUGUGAGCCACUUCGCCCAGCCCACCGUUUUAUUUUUUCUUACUCAAAAGGAAGUGAGUAUGAGGUGAACUGCAUUAACCUAAAGUGCUGCAGAGAUAAACUUAAAGCAGGAAGCAACAUACCAUGAAUGUACUGCAAGGGAACACAUUUGUGUCAUGUGAAGAGACAUGACAAAAACAGCCCUCCUUAAAUUAUUUGUGGCAAUAGUGAUCACAUUCAUUUUAAUUUUGCCGGAAUAUUUCAAGACACCGAAAGGUCAUAUCAUAGCAAUAUAAAUUGAAGAAGUUGAAAGUUUCAUAAAAUGAAAAGUGCCAGUGAGGAAAAUGGAAAGAUGGCAAGAAAUCAGUUUUUCAGAAAGAACAUUGGAGCUAUCAUGUCUGGAAGUGUGUUUGCAAUCUAAUUUUACCUAUUCACUCUCCUCCUUAAAUUUUUCUUUUGUGACUUUUCUGCAACCAGUAAGGGAAACUCAGAUUAUCAUGAGACUCUUUCUAAAUCCCUCCAAUUUUCGUAACUUCACCAGGACUUGCCAAGACAUCACAGGUGAAUUUAAAAUGUGCUCCUCGUGUUUGGUUUGUGAGUCUAAAGGAAACAUGGAUUUUAUUUCUCAGGAACAAACAUCAAAAGUUCUUAUCAGGAGAGGCUCAAUGGAAGUGAAAGCAAAUGAUUUUCAUUCACCUUGUCAGCACUUUAACUUCACUGUAGCUCCUCUGGUUGACCACUUGGAGGAAUAUAACACUACCUGUCAUCUAAAAAACCACACUGGAAGAUCAACAACCAUGGAGGAUGAGCCAAGCAAGGAGAAAUCGAUAAACUACACUUGUAGAAUCAUGGAAUACCCGAAUGAUUGUAUACACAUUUCUUUGCACCUGGAGAUGGAUAUAAAAAAUAUCACUUGUUCCAUGAAGAUCACUUGGUAUAUUUUAGUUCUAUUAGUUUUUAUAUUUUUGAUCAUCCUCACUAUCCGCAAAAUACUUGAAGGCCACAGAAGAGUGCAGAAGUGGCAGAGUCAUAGAGACAAACCUACAUCUGUUCUCUUAAGAGGAAGUGAUUCGGAGAAACUGAGAGCAUUGAAUGUGCAGGUUCUUUCAGCAGAGACCACGCAGAGGCUGCCUUUGGAUCACGUCCAGGAAGUGCUUCCCCCAAUACCAGAACUAUAAGUUACUUCCACAGUGCAUCAGUGAGAUCAAUAUACACGAAUAUCCCCGGGCAAGUUGGACUGAGCCCUUUGAAGAAUACUCAUAAGUUUAUUUUGUGAAUGAGUAGACUGGAAAAUGUUUGUGUCCAGCUGAGGAUGCACAGUUGGAAAGCAGGAGGAAUGCUGACUGGUUGAUGAAAACUAGCUGAAGAGCAUUCAUUCGCUCCAUGAGAUCAAGGGAACAAGAGUGUUUGCAAGAAGCCAUUAUGAGUCAUGAAAAAAAAGAUGAUGAAACCCAUGGAAGCAGCAAGAGAAUUCCCACUCUCUCUUCUUAAAAAAAAAAAAUCUAUCAUUAUACAGCACAGAAUGGAGCCAAGUUUUUAAUUUUGAGGAACCAAAAACAGGAUCAAAUAUGAAAACCCUUUCUUUUAUUGGGCCACAUUGUAGAUGCUGAUUUGAUAAUUGUUUCCUAUGCAGAUUGAUUAUUUUUAUUUCACAGAUUAUUUAAAAGGGAAGAGGGCCUGGUUAUUUAUACGUUUGUUUGCAUUUAUGAAUCUUGCUGCCUUUUAGCACCAGGAUGUUUUUAAAAAAAUUCAAAGAGGCCAGGCGCAGUGGCUCAUGCCUGUAAUCCCAGCACUUUGGGAUUCUGAGGUGGGAGGAUCAUGAGGUCAAGAGAUCGAGACCAUCCUGGCCAACAUGGUGAAACCCUGUCUCUACUAAAAACACAAAAAUUAGCUGGGUGUGGUGGUGCGCGCCUGUAGUCCCAGCUCCUCAGGAGGCUGAGGCAGGAGAAUCACUUGAACCUGGCAGGCAGAGUUUGCAGUGAACCAAGAUCACACCACUGCAUUACAGCCUGGUGCAGAGCAAGACUCUGUCUCAAAAAAAAAAAAAAAAAAAAAAAAAAAAAAAAAAUCAAAGAUACCAAUAAAACGAAUUUAAAUAAAAUACUUAAGUACUUUAAUAGCAAAA